AUGGCGGCGCCGCCUUCCACCUCCUCGCCGUCCGGGGAGGUCCGCGUCGAGAGAUCGCCUACUGACCUAACCGGCGGCGACGGCCAGGCAGCGCCCUCGAGGGCCGAAUUGCUCAGCAUGGUGAAGAAGCACUCGCAUCUGAUCGGGUGGACAGUCGUCGAGGCCGAGGACGAUCCGUCGGACGUCGAGAUGGAUGAUAAGUUCUGGCAUGAGAUGCUUGAUCUUUUCUUCGUGCGUGGUAGGGUGUCAAGGAGCAGGGAGGAGGACGACCUCGUCUUCUUUGUCAAUAGCACGAUGCAGAAAAUGGAAGAUCUGCCUCCCUUUUUCGUGCGGAGAUGGGCUCCUACGCUUGAAAAGCUCAUCAAUGCUAAUUCAACUGAGGUUGAUUGGGAACGUUCCUUCUAUUUGAAUUUAGUCGCUCACACGUCAUAUACUGUCACAGUGGCAUUGUGCAGUAUCAGCAAUCUUCGCAAUCGUGCAGACAAAAGCAAGUGGUCGCCUCCAAUUUAUAAGGUUUCGAAAACUGUAUAUGCAUCCCCUAGCCGUGUAAAUUUCCGCCUUGAUCAAAGAAAGGCUGUAGAAACAGUACCUGCAUAUCCCAACAUUUAUUUCUCAGUUGAUGACUUCGAUGAUCCUUUUGAUGCUGUGGUUUUGUCAGACCCAGAACACUGCUAUUGUGUGAUUCUCAAUGCGCAUGAUGGGGCAGCAUUUCCUGAAGAAACUGAAGCAAGCAACGUCUCAAAUGUACAAUCUGGGUUCAACUCUGGGAGCAGUGGAGAGAACCCACCAAAGAGAACUCUCUUCUCAGGCUAUGUCAGCUAUCAAAAUGUCCGUGAAGCUUAUGAUGCUGGCAGAUCCAAAUUUGGGAGCUUCCUCUCACUUGGGCAGGACAAUACUAAACUUGAUAAACUUUUCAUGAGGGGCCCUGAAGGACGUGGGGAAGUUGAAGUUGCUGUUUCUGGGAUUCCAGAUCAGAGCCACGAGAGAUCAAAGAAAGAUCCAGGAGAUAACUUCCGGGUUCUUGUUCGCAAGGCGGCUUCUGCUGCAUCAAAGUUUGCAGAGCAGGCCUUCGAGGCUGCAUCUGCCAACAAACGACCGGACCAUAAGCUUCUUCCUCUCAAGUGUUGUUUGAUGUCAGUAUCUCUUCCUUGGGACUUCAUUGCCCAUGACCUGUUGCACAAGGAAACGCCACCUUUGGACUUCUGA